AUGGAAGAAUAUGCAAGCCAUGGAAAGGAAAACGAGAAAAAGCAAAGGGGUCGCUUCAUGGGAAAACUAUUCAAAGAACCAAAGAAGCCGACUAGUGAGGUCGAAGUUGAUGACUUUCUCCAUGGCACAUCAGAUAAACUAUUUUUGGUACCACAGAGUCAUACUAACUUACCACCAGUCGUACAAAUCAAUCAUCCAGAUUCAGCAUCAUGGUCUCUGAAAUCAGAUCUUGCAAACUCAGGUGUGGGAAGUAAGCUACCUAUGUACACAAAAAAAAGUAGAAAAGGCUUAGUAGUUCACUUUAGUGAUUCACCUCCUACUAUUAUAGGAGAUGGGGGGGAACUAGCAGAAACUCCUACUGUCCAAAUCUCAAUAAGGAAAGAGACUAAAUCACACUUACCACAUGUAUCGACUGAGGAAAUUUCGAUUGAAGAAUCAGCUAUGAUUGAUUCUACAUCCCAUUCUUCUGAGAAAAAUGAUACUACAGAACCGUCAACUCUAAGUCAAAAUCAGAAAACGAAAACCGGUCUAGAUUUAUUGUCAGAGAAGCAGUUUAACUUUAUUGAGAAUGAAGGCCAGCAACAACGCACUGUUGAGGAGCUACCUCGAAGUCUAUAUAUACAACGUGAUAAAACUGAUAGGCGUUCAAUUUCCCAAAAAAUCAGAGAUGAGAUGAGAUUAGGGGAGGGUAUGACCUUGGUUGCUUCUCGUAACUCGAUUGUUGAGGGAGACAUACCUGGUGGAAUAGGUAUAGAGGGAAAUACUUCUCAACUAGAAGAGUUACAUUUGAAUACAAUGACAAAUGCUAUAAGAUCAGAUUCUUCCCGAUCCAUGGCGUCAAAUGGUCCCCAAGUGUCUGAGAGCUUUUCUGAAAGCCUGGGCGCUAUUUUUAGAAUAAAUACGCCCAGAGAAACUCCAUCAACCCAUCAAAUGUCGCAAAGUCUUUAUGAGAGACAGGAAAGUACGCCUAGAACGCCUUUCUCUCCUCCACCGGAGGCGAUAGUAGCUGCAGGAGAUGAGGCUUUGACAGAGUUUUCUAAACGUACUGCGCAAGUCGCAAUCCUCUUUCGUCAGUCUGCUGAGUCUGAAAAUUUAGCCUCUUAUUCUUUGACGCUACUUGUACGGAUGGGUCUCUGGUGGUUUUUGGUAGGUAGAAUGAACUUAGAAGCUGCCGUUAGAGAAAAACCCAUCACUCCACAAGACCAAAAGGCGAAUUUUCGUAAUCUUAAUCAAUCCUACAUGGAUCUAGUCAAGGCAUUAUGGAUAAUGGAGUACUUCAAAUCGAGAAUUCCCGAGUUGGAUCCUCGUUCCGGCAACGACAAAUCAGUUGCAGACACACUAGAAACUCAGCAAGCUGUCAUAUCUGGACUUAGAAAGCUCACUAUAUCAAUGAAACGGAAUAAUUUUCUCCCGGAUACUCAAUAUGCUGAUUAUAUUCAGGGGCUAGACUCAACUAUCUGGGUUUCUGAUAAAGGUGAUAAGUCACUAAUUAUCGGUCAGAGACUACCCUCAGUUUCUUGUAUCAAUGUAUCACUACCAAUCGGUGAUACCACUCAAUUCUUUCAUUAUGGAAGACUUCUUGCCGAGGCGAUCCUAAGUGAACAAGGUACAUCUCAGCUAUAUAGAUGCCCCGUCUUACUCUCCAUUAUUCGAAAUCAUAAAGACAAGGCAAUUCAAGCUAUCAUCGCAAAUCAAGAUGGAUCCCUUAAUUUCGCCAUCCAGUCUGAUAAAGCACAAGGUCCAACGUGGGCGGAUUUAAGAUGGCAUGCCAGGAAAUCUAUGAUUGAGAUUCGCCUACCUCGUGGAUUUUUUCUCUGUCUUCACUGUUCGGAGCUAGAUUUUGGUAACUUCUGGAGGAUCUAUGAUUAUGAAAAAAGGAUUUAUGCUGCCCUCUCCCAAAGAUUAGGUGAAGGACUCAUUUUUGAAACUAUAUUAAGGAGCUUUCAAUAUUUAGAUGAAAGUCCACAUCCUACCUUCAACAAAGAGCCGCAGCCGAGUUGUCAUAUACGACUUUACGAAAGAACUCUUGCAGAGCAGGCUGCUACCGGUCUUCGAAUAAUGCACCGUGGCUUUCGAAUUGCUUUGGUGACAAGUCCUGCUAUAAAAAACCUUAAGGGUGUCGACUUAGAUUUACCAUCGAACCUCCCAAUUGAGUUCUCUUUUUUAAGGGGUGAGGGAGGCUUCCCAGCUCUUCUUCUAAAAAUGGAAGAGGCGAAUUCUUCAAUGCGGAUGCUUAUUGCUACAUUCAAUGAAGUCAAUGAACGAACCAAAUUUCAUGCAAUUCUAACUGGUAUAGCGCUUGGGCAUGAUGAAGGAAUUAUCGUUGAGGGACCAGUGAAAGCCUUUGCGCUAGAUGCCGAGAACCAAAAACCAUUUUCAUUACUCCAAACACUAGAUUGGCAACGCUUCAAGUUCAUAAACCAGGGAAGUAACGACUUACAAAGCUGUAAGACCAUACUUUCCGAGAAACUUCGUAUAAUUCUAGAAUUUGAGCAUGGAACAAUAACAGAUAGAGUAAAUGUUGGGCCCGGUGAAUUAAAAAUUCGCUUAGACCUUCAUCAUCCACUAGAAAUCAAAGUUCUUCGCCAACCUCAAGUAGACAUGACCAUAUCAAUCGAAUCACAAGCUCCCAAAGGGUCACCACAUGAACUUUCCGGACUUCUUAAUGAUAUAAAAAGAUACAGCUCGACUAGAGUAUAUGCUUUUCCUUCUAUGGAUGAGCUUCACUUGUUUCAAGUAGCUCUCACAGGAUUUGAAGUACUAUUUGAUGAAAUAGUGACAUCUUUUAAUAUAUCACGUCGACGCAUGGUGGUCCCUAUUUACAAGAAAUGGGAUGCUGCUAUGACGCGGAUUCAAAUUAUACAGAAAGAGAAGGUUAUACAACUGGUUGCAUUUUUUCAAAAUUUUAAUCAUGGCGACUGCAUGAAUUUUAUUCUAAGGUCUACAGACAUCUUUGAAAGUUCUUUUCGUGGAGGUAAGUACUCGUUGCGAAUCGUAGAUGCGAAGUUUGCUCUGCCGAAGAGUCGUAAUGAAUAUUCUGGGAUCGAUCAUGGUUAUGUUUGUUUAGAUAUGCCAGAGUAUCCCGGCGAACACGACGAUAUAUCUAUCCAUUUUGAGAAUGAAUCUGCCUUCCACAAUUUCUCAAAAUCCUUACCGGCGCCAGUCAAAGCUGCAUCGAGAAUGGGUUCAGUUAGGAGAUAA